GAAAGAUCGAAUAUACACUUUAAAAUUUAAAAGUGGGUGUAGUUGUCAUUAAAAAGAAAAAGAGCAAAGGGAAAAGGGGAGUUUGAGGCCAGCAAUACCGUAUUCUUUGCUUUACAGAGCUCCUUGCCAAAUUGUUUUCUGUACUUUAGGUCUGACAGAGAGACCAUAGUAGGAUGCUACUAAUAAGAAUAGAGCUUUUCUCCUACACCACUACUAGAUUAACACCCACAAGAAACUCAUUUCCGGUGGCAGGGCGGUUCUACCUAGCUUCUACCAGCCUUCUCUGCCGCAGGAGUAUUAAAUAAUUAGUACUGAUGAGGAGAGAAACAAAGGCUGUGUUAUGGUCUGUCUCGUUUCUUGGCUUUCUGUGCUCUGCUAUUGGUUUGUUAUCUCCUAAAGGUGUAAACUUUGAAGUUCAAGCUUUAAUGGAUAUAAAAGCCUGUCUGAAAGACCCUCGUGGUGUUCUUGAUCGAUGGGAUGCUAACGCUGUUGAUCCUUGUAGCUGGUCCAUGGUUACUUGCUCUCCAGAUGGUUUAGUUAUUGGACUAGGAGCUCCAAGCCAGAACUUAUCUGGAAUGCUCUCUCCAAGCAUUGUAAAUUUGACCAACAUCCAGACCAUAUUCUUACAGAACAACAACAUAACUGGACUGAUCCCAGAUGAGAUAGGACGCCUCCCUAAUCUUCUAUCUCUUGAUCUUUCCAACAAUCUCUUUACUGGAAAAAUCCCUUCUUCCCUAGGCCACUUGCAAAGGCUCAAGUAUAUGAAACUCAACAACAACAGUUUAUCUGGAGAAAUUCCAAUGUCUUUGACCAGCAUGACCGAGCUUAUUCUCAUGGACUUAUCAUGCAAUAACUUGAGCGGAGCUGUCCCGAAAGUCCCUUCAAAGGCAUUCAACAUUGCAGGAAAUCCUUUGAUAUGUGUCAACGGGUCUGAAUCAUACUGCAAAGGCAUGACUCUGCUGCCUAUGUCAAUGCCAGUUGACACUUCAGGAACUAACCAGUCUUCUGCGAAACAGAAAAGCCACAGGCUAGUCAUUGCCUUAGGUUCAACCAUUGGCUGUUCAAGUAUUCUAGUCCUAGGAAUUGUUCUAUUUCUAUGGUCAAGGAGUAGGCAAGACAAGCAAUUGUUGGAUGACGCCCGGGACCAUGAAGAAAUAUCCUUGGGAAACAUAAGAAGGUUCCAAUACAAGGAACUUCAAAAUGCAACCAACAACUUCAGUGGUAAACAUAUUCUGGGAAAAGGGGGGUUUGCAAAUGUGUACAAAGGAUUUCUCUCGGAUGGAACGGCAGUGGCUGUUAAGAGGUUAAAAGACGGGAAUGCAAUUGGUGGUGAAAGACAGUUCCAGACAGAGGUUGAGAUGAUUAGUUUGGCUGUGCACCGCAAUCUUCUUAAGUUAUAUGGAUUUUGUAUGACGGCUACAGAAAAGCUUUUGGUUUAUCCUUAUAUGUCCAAUGGAAGCGUCGCUUCACGCCUCAAAGUCAAACCAGUGUUGGAGUGGGUGAUGAGGAAGAGGAUUGCCAUAGGAGCAGCAAGAGGGCUGCUGUAUCUUCAUGAGCAGUGUGAUCCAAAGAUAAUUCAUAGAGAUGUUAAGGCAGCAAAUAUUUUGCUUGAUGAAAGUUGUGAGGCAGUUGUGGGGGAUUUUGGGCUAGCUAAACUGCUGGAUCACAAGGACACCCAUGUCACCACUGCCGUGCGGGGGACUGUGGGCCACAUUGCUCCAGAAUAUCUAUCAACGGGCCAAUCCUCAGAGAAAACGGACGUGUUUGGAUUCGGAAUCCUCCUCCUCGAACUAAUCACGGGAAUGGGGGCUAUAGAGUUUGGAAAAUCAGCCAACCAAAAAGGAGCUAUGCUUGAAUGGGUUAAGAAAAUUCACCAAGACAAGAACCUAGAUAUACUUGUGGACAAAGACUUGAGAAACAAAUAUGAUGAGAUAGAGCUAGAGGAAAUGGUGCAAGUUGCUUUACUAUGCACCCAAUAUCUUCCGAGCCAUAGGCCCAAAAUGUCUGAAGUGGUCCGAAUGCUUGAAGGCGAUGGGCUUGCAGAGAAAUGGGAAGCAUCUCAAAAAGCAGAACAGUCACACAAGUACAUGACAACACACACGUUCUCGUCAUCGGAGCGGUUCUCAGAUCUCACUGAUGACUCUUCUGUGCUUGCUCAAGGCAUGGAGCUCUCUGGUCCAAGGUGAGCCCUGGAAGCCGAACUGGACGCCAACCGGUUUAAAGACUUAUUUUUUAGUACAUAGAGUGAAGUGAGAUUUUUAGAAGGUGGGCGUAUACAUAUGGCUAAAGAAGGCUGCCCCCACUAGAGUGUUUAUUAUUAUGUUGUAUAGGAGUGGAAGACGUAGUUGAUGACUUCAACCGGGUUUGGUUUUCCAGUGAAUGAGAAUUUUGGUAGAUGGCAUUCUUUGUACAAGAGAACAAAGAGAAUUUUCAAUUUGUUUAUAAUUAGAAGAUGAUCAAAAAAAUUUGUUUAUAAUUAGA